AUGAAGGAAUGUCUGCUUUCUAAAUGUUAUAAGCAAGCUCUUCAAAUUUUAGAUACUGAUAUUACAGAAAUAGAAUUAGUGGGAACUGGUAUAACUUAUCAAGACCAUUUGCUUUAUCAUUAUUAUGGUGCAAUGGUGUAUAUAGGUUUAAAGAAAUAUGAACGUGCUUAUUAUUUCUUAAAAUUGGUAAUUUCUGCACCUGCAAAUAUAGCCAGUCAAAUUCAACUAGAAGCUUAUAAAAAAUUUGUUUUGAUUUCACUAUUGUUGCGUGGAAGAAUUGGACCACUUCCAAAAUAUACAGCCUCAAUAGUUUUUCGUUCAAUUAAAAAUCAAUGUCAACCAUAUCAAGAUUACGCAUCAGCAUUUGAAUCUUUAAGUGUGAAAAGAUUACCCAAACAAACAUUAGACGCAAUUUAUAAACGAAAUAUCCAACAAUUAACGCAAACGUAUUUAACAUUGUCUUUGGCUGACAUUGCUGAUACUGUUGGUUUGGAAGGCCCAGAUGCACAUAAAAUUGCUGAGAGUUAUGUUUUACAAAUGGUGAGUUGA